AUGAAUCCUCCCCCGAAACCUUUGUUUUCCCUGCAGCAAAUCACCCGGGACCCAGAAGUAUUGACGACGUUUGCGAGACCUGAUAAGCCCUUGAAAUCCUUUGACGGUCUUUGUGGAAACCACGUUGGAGAAGUCUUGGUCACUUCACCGAACUCGAAAGUGCUCUACCACCCCCCACUGAACGAAUGUCGUGUCCGGAUGAGAAAGGACAGACACUUUGGCCGCGACGACCCUAUCCUAUUUCCUCAACCAUUCGUUCGUGCAGCUGCCCACCUAGCAGUCGUCCGUGUCCCCUCGCUCACGGGCUCAUUCACCAUUGCUUGGCUCGUCCCCAGCGAAAAUGACUUCAAGCCCAGUGACGAUACUUUUUGUGCUGGUUUUGGAGUCUUCGACACAAGGACACGUUCACAUCUGGUGAAGUUGGCCGAGACAGUCAUCAAAGAUCUUCCAGCAAAUCAUCAAGAAGAUUAUUAUAUGAAGAACAACUUGGAACAGCUCCGCCGAUUGUUGGAUCGUUUGCAGCUAGCUGCACCGAAAGAGGAGGUUUUUCUUCGAUUUAGAUGCGCUCAGCGUCAUCUUCUGGAGCUUGACGCACGCAGCAGAUGGGUGACCAAAUAUCGGGCGAAAUUUGGAAUGGCGAGGGAGCUUGGUCAGGAACAUCCAGUGUUGGCGGACGAGAAUCUGAUGGGUGCUUUUACCGACAAUCUCGACGAUCUGGAGAACCUCUUCCAGAGCCACAUACCAGUAUACUAUGUUCGCCCUCUCUCGCGUGCUGGUGAGGCCAGGGUCGACCGAUUAGAAGACUUCAUCCUGCCACUCGCAGAUGGUUCCAUUCAUCUCCACACCGGUUUUAUCGUCGACAUGGCCGAUGCAACCCCAUCCCAUCGUGUGGUCUUUACUGGCCUUGCGCGAAACCCCGAAAGAUACAUCACAAUGGCCAACUAUGUAUCCGCGCUUUUCGAGUACCCCUCUGUAUUGGGAACCACACAACCACGAAGCUCAACGUCAAUUCAGAGAGCAAGCUUGCCCCUCACUCCCUCUAUGCCAAUACGUCAAUCGUUCCAAGUGUCUCGUGGACGAUCCACUCCUUACCCUAAAGGUAAAGCAGCUAACAGGAAGCACCCCCAAAAUACUACCCACAACACGUUCAUCAUACCGUCCAGCCCUCUCAUGCCACCGGCCAUCGAAGCCUGGAAGGCUGCAUUGGAACACCUUUCUGGUCAUAAUCAGUCACUCCCAGCACCAGAGGGUGCAAAUCGAGGUUAUGCUCUUCCACCACCCGAUCUCUUCAUCACCUCGGGGAACGAAACGGUCACUGUAACACUUUUCCGUAACUGGCUCAAACUCAGGAAUAUUUUCAUUUAUCGCCUAUCUUCGAGUCUGGACCGAUUUUCGAAGAAGCAAUGGAGGCAAAUGCUAACAUUUGACGACGACAAAGAUAUUCGUUCAGAUACUCGCACUGGUCAACAACGGCUCGAAACGCAGAAGGUGUUGAAGGAUAUAAUGGGCAAAGGCGAGUUUCGCCCCGAAAGGUUCUCAUCGGCGCCCGCCAUUUGGAGAGGCGGAACUGUGGACGGAACCAAAUUGCCCUCUCAAAAGAUUGCCCAAGCGAUUCUAUGGGAGUUGUACGAACUCAAUUUCCGUCAAGACUUAGUGGCUUUGGAUGAUUGUAUGGACGAAAGCGGAAUGUCGACAAGGGACCGCUGUACUGUUCUUGAAGCAUGUUGGAUUGGAAGCAGGGAUCAUGCGGAGAUGUCGAAAGCGAACCGAGGACUUCAUUCAACUGAACCCGUGGAGCAAAUGAAGGCCUUGAAGGGUCUCCAUACACUCAUGAGCACUUGGUCUGGGUCGAAGCCUACUGUUCUGUUGGAUCGGUUUCCCGAGGACUCUGGUAGCCAUAACCUUGGGUCGCAGCUUGACUACAUCGAGAGGGAGUUGGCGUAUCACUACACGAGUUCUUUCCUACAGGCAUUCGGUCGCACUGCUUCUAUCCCUUUUCGGCUGUCUUAG